AGUUCAAGCUGUCAUGUUGCAUUAAAAUGCAAAACCUCAUAGAGCCUUAAACUAUUCUUUUAAAUUUUUUGUUUUGGGUUGCAAUCUUAAAGUUACACUAUUAUACAAUAGCUUUCAGGUAAGCUCAGAGGAAGAAGUAAACAACACAGUUUGGUUGUAGUUUCAUACGACUAAAAAAGACCCAAUAACACGUUUGCCAUGUGAAGUGGCAUGCUGGUAGACUAUUCAGAGGAACAAGGAUCCUUCCUUUUGAGGGCUUUUAAUUAUAUAGAGGCAGAUGGAAAGAUCCAGUUCAUGUUGAGAGUUCAAUAGGAGACAUGAUGCUGAAUUGUCAAGGCAAUACUAGUUCACUUUAGAUCCUUUUAGACUAGAAUGUACAAGUUGUCACAAGACGUUACAUCCUUGUGGUUGGAAACCGUUGAACAUCUCAAAUGGUAUUUGGGACUAUUGAAGUAUGUACAAACCAAGAUUUAUAAAGUAGGCAGGUUUAUGCGUGACUUUAUUUGACCUUUUCACUCAUUCCUUUAUGAUGGCUUCUCUGCUGAGGCAUUUUCCAUUUAUAAGUAAAAACAACAUUAUUGAAUGAAAUAGCUUUGUGGGCCACCCCCCCCCCCUUUCCCUUCUUUCUGGGGGCUUUACUCACGGGGUAGUGGUCCUAUUCAUCAGGGGCAGCAGUAUGGAAAGAGAGCAGGUCUAGAGAGGGGCUACCUCCCUAUAAUAUGCUGACCUGCCAUUCUGUUCCAGACUGGUACAGUACAACCAGGGUCAGAGCUAAAUGGCUUGUCAGCUAAUACUAAUGUAGGCUCUGUAUUUCCUCAUUGACGACCCAUCCAGAAAACCCAGGGGGCCGGGAGGGUCAAAAGGCCUAGGAGCAAAAAUGCCUCUUUACAUCCUGGGAAGUGCAAGGUUCAAUGUUUCCUAAAAGAUAAGUAAUGAACCAGGUCUUCUGCUCUAUUUGCCUUCCAUCAAGCCUGAAGAUAAAGCCUACAGAAGUAUGUUGCUGGAAGACUAACUAGGGGGUUGACAUGACCUUUCUUUAAUUAGAGACUAACACAGCAUGGCUGAGAUGAACAGCUGAUCACCAAGCUUGCUGGAUGUUUUUUUCUGAAGACGCUGCUGGCCAAUCGGACACCUGCAUGUGGAGGGUCUCAACCAACCAUGGAGGCCUGGCCAACAGUGGCCCGGGUCCUGCUGCUGGCACUCCUCGCUGAUUGGCCAAAAAUUGCCCAAUCACGUGAUUUUACAGUGAAAGACAUCAUCCUGCUCCAUCCAUCAUCAACACCUCAUCCUGGUGGAUUCAAAUGCUUCACUUGCAAAGACUCUGCAGAUAACUAUGAGUGUAACCGCUGGGCACCAGACAUGUACUGUCCUCGAGAAACACGGUACUGCUACACCCUCCACAUGAUGGACGUCCAGGGGGACAGCGUGUCGGUGACCAAGCGCUGUGUGGCUCUGGAGGACUGUCUGUCCACCGGCUGCACAGACGCCAACAACGACGGCUACCAGGUCUGCAUCUCUUGUUGCGAAGGAAACAUUUGUAACCUGCAGUUGCCAAGAAACAAGACGGGUGCAGUAUUCUCCACCACCUCCCCGCUCCGAAGCGCCACCCUGCAGCUCACCAGCACCUGGCUGCUCACUGGCUCUGUCAUUGCAAACCUCCUAAGCAUUACACUAGCCAGCCACACAUGACAAUGCAAAGGCUUCAACGGUAGCCAUGAGCCUAGCAGGAAAUGUGGGUGUAUGUAGAGGUCUGAGAUCUCCUAUUAUUGUCUCUUGUGUUGUGUAAUUUAUUUAAUGUUUACUGUACCAGAGCAGUAUUAAUUCAUAGAACCACACAUAUAGGAUGUCAUUGUUCAUUUGUUUUUCUACCCAUCAUGUUAAACUUUUUUUUAGAGUUUACUAGGCUAUUGGCAAAGAAUGAGAAUAUAGUACCAGUAAAUACCACAUAGCUGAAUGUUAAUUAGGUUAGCAAAAACACAAUUCAAACUUAAAGGGACAUCAGUGAGUAAGGAAAUGUUUUCAUACUUGCGUGCUCUAUCCUAACUAUGUGCAUAAAUGAAAGUUGGGGAUUGGAUUCCAUCUUGAAAUUUGAUGUUCACAUGUCUACUGUUAUAAUAAUUUUUUGUACUCUCUAGCGUGUACAUAGAAAGUAUUUAUUUUUAUAUGAAUUUUGUGGAUACAAUUUGUUACUUUGAACUAUUAUAUAGGUUGUAUAAUUAAUGUUUUUUGAUGAAGUAGUAUGAGAGAACAAAAACUAGUUUGUGUACAGAGACUAAGACUUUUCUUUUCCUGUUUUGUCCAAUUAAAACAUUGGCUGGCACUUUGUUUGAAUGCCUACACAGUACUGUAUGUCUAGUUUUCAAAAUGGCCUGUGUGCUGGUGAACUGAUAUGCAAAAGUGAAUAUGAGAAAGAAAGAGAACAAAUAAACAAAACCAUGCUCAGCUCAGCUCUGACCCAUUGGGCCCAGGGGUUGUGAGCUUGGGCAUUAAUGCAGGACGUGGGAGUAAGAAAACACACUUCUUCCUCCUUCUAUUCCAAGCAGUAAAAAGAUUAUGCCUUUCAAGGGCUUUAAAUCCUGGAUGUGUAAUAUGAAGUCCUUGAGAAGGGGAUUAUUCUUGUUUAGCAGGGUGUUAAUUUAUCUAUCUGGCCAAGACUUUCUGAAAGUCUGAGAAGUAUUCUCAGAUAAGAUCCCACCAUCCAUGCCUCUUUUGACCACCUGCUGGAAAAUAAAACAUUUAUUUUCUGCUAUUCUCUUGUUAAAAAAAAAAAAAAAAAAAACUUG